AUGUCUACAAAUAAUCGAUCAGAUCGACUGGCCAAAUACUUUUCAGCUGUUCUUCAUGGGAAGCAAGAUGUUCGAGACCUCAACAACUUCAAGAAACUCAUAGAAGCUAUUCUAGAUACAAAAGACUCUUCUGUCACUAUUGAGAGAUUGAUAGCCAGCCAAAAUGCCCUGAAUGCCCUUCGAAAUGGGUUGAGGUUCAAUCUCACACCAACCUUCAUCAACGGCUACACGGCGAAGUUCAUCAAUCUCUUGAGCAGCCCGGAGAUCAAGCUUCUAUGCAAUGGGGUCUUUCUCGAACAGCUUCUACUUAUCAUUUUGGAGCCCCGGACACUCUGGAAUGCGCUUUUGGAUGCUUUUCGUACCAGAAAGCUGGAUGAAGAGGCCAUCCGCGCCGUCUGUUGGCUGACAACGGAGCUUCUGUCAUUGCCAGCUUCAUCUGCGAUUGACAUCAUGACUGAUGCUCAGACUAUCUUGAGUGAUGAGUAUCUUCUUUCGUCAUCUUCUGUGUCCCUUCGCAAUUUGGGACAUAAGAUCAAGCAUCUCCUGGACAUGAGAUCUUCCGCAUCCACCCUACCCACAUCCGAAGACACAGCAGGGGGUCGCCAUGAUAACGAUUUCACCGACUUCCGUCAAACAGUCAUUCUUCCUACGACGGACGAGAUGGGCUGUACCGACAAACCUUUCUAUCGACGUGUGGAUGAGAUAACACAGCUCUCUGGUAGUCAACGCAUCGCGGCGCAUGCUGACAACCAAUUCCGGCUGUUACGCGAAGAUAUGUUGUCAGCGCUGCGGGAUGAUAUUCAAGUUGCAACAGGGGCAAAAAAGGGACGAAGAUCCGCCCUACGCCUUGGUGGCCUGUCGUUGGCGUGCAUCUCUUGUACCUCAACGGACUUUAAAUACCUCCGCCCAUGCACCAUCGGCGUCACUGCCAGAUCAGGCCUGGAAAAACUCAAACAGCUUUCCACGGAAACGGCUAAAGAAUAUCUCAAGAGCACCCCGCAAUUCGUCAAGCACCGUGCCUUUGGGUGCUUUAUACGGAAUGCAGAAAUUGUGGCAUUUGCAACGAUUGAGAGAAACAUUGACAAACUGAUAUCUACCCCACCGGUAGUCAUGCUUCGAGUUGUAGGAGCAGAGGCAGUCAAAAAGUCCCUUCUCUUUCUCAAGCUUUAUGAUGAUGUUGAGUUUUUGGUGGUUGAUACGGCGACUUUUGCUUAUGAGCCAAUCCUGAAACGUUUGCAGGAGAAGGUCGAGUAUCCUCUGACAGAAGAGUUGUUUCUCUACGAAAAAGGGGAACCAGUGAAGAACUCCACUCUAGCCCCUUUGGAUUUGAUCGAUGCGUUAAAAGGAGACUGUGGAUCUAAUAUCCAACACAUCUUGCAUACUUCAAAGCCAGUCAUAUUGGAAAAAUCUCAACGUGAAUCUCUUUUGGCAGGAUUGACUCAAAGAGUCAGUCUGAUUCAGGGGCCUCCAGGCACCGGAAAGUCAUUCAUAGGGGCGCUUCUGGCCAAAAUUCUUCAUGAUUACGCAUACGACACGAUACUGGUGAUGUGCUACACCAACCACGCUUUGGAUCAAUUUUUGGAAGAUUUGCUUGAUAUUGGCAUUCCCGAUGUUGACAUUGUUAGAUUGGGAUCUAAAUCAACACCCCGAACCAAGCAAUUGGGUCUCAAAGAGCAGAGUACAACCAGCAGGAGAACCCAGUUGACCUGGAACACCAUCAACUCAAUCAAGAGCCAGGGCUGGGAAGAAAAAGAGACAAUUGACAGCUCUUUCGCAGCAUAUCAGAGGCUGUCAGCGGAUCCUUCGGCAAUUUUAGACUACCUGGAAUUUGAGGAUCCAGAGUAUUUCGAGGCCUUGAUAGAACCCGAGAAUGAAGAUGGAAUGAAGACGGUAGACAAGAGUGGGAAAGCAAUCAAUAAGGGCUACCUUUUCGACCGUUGGGUCAAAGGACAGUCUCCAGAUCCCUUCUCUGAGUUUCUGCCGGCUCAAAGCCAGAGUAUAUGGGCGUUGGAGCAGAAAAUCCGGGAUGAAAAGAUCCAGUCAUGGAAAUGGGCUUUGCUGGAUGAACAAGCUGCAUCUCUCUCAGUGCAGAUGAAUCUAUUUGACAGGUGUUGCGAGAAGCUAUCCACAGCCUUCGGAGAGGACACCCGUGAGAUCCUGACAAACAAAAGAAUCAUAGGAUGUACGACAACUGCUGCUGCGAUGAAUGCUGAGGUUCUUAAGCAUGCAUCACCAGGUAUUGUGAUAUUGGAGGAGGCGGGCGAGAUUCUCGAGUCUCACGUUCUUACUGCAAUAUCUCCGGACACGAAACAGUUGAUACUGAUCGGGGAUCACCUGCAACUCCGGCCGAAGAUCAACAGCUAUGCCCUUAGUACUGAAAAGGGAGAUGGAUACGACCUAAACGUGUCCCUUUUCGAGAGACUGAUUCAUGCUGGGUACCCACAUACAACCUUGCAGAAGCAGCAUAGAAUGUGCCCCGAGAUCUCAAGUCUUGUACGCUCUCUCACCUACCCUCUACUAGAAGAUGACGACAAAACAAAACUUCGUCCUAAACCACGAGGGUUAUCCGACCGUGUCAUUUUCUUCAAUCAUGAAAAUUUGGAAGAAAGUUUUGCAGAGGUAUCCGAUCGACGAGAUGAAGGGGCAAAACAGUCUAAGCAGAAUCUUUUCGAAGCAGAGAUUGUCCUGAAGAUUGUCAAAUAUCUUGGGCAACAAGGAUACGGAACAGACAAGCUCGUCGUUCUCACGCCAUAUCUCGGUCAACUUUCGCUUCUACGCCAAACUUUGAGCAAGCAGAAUGACCCAGUACUGAAUGAUCUUGACUCUCAUGAUCUCGUACAGGCAGGUCUCUUGUCAUAUGCGAGUGCCAAACAUGCCAAGCAACCGAUCAAGCUCUCUACAAUUGACAACUACCAAGGAGAAGAAAGCGAAAUUGUCAUAGCAUCACUCACAAGAAGCAACACAGGUGGGGAUAUCGGAUUCAUGGCAGCUCCAGAACGAUUGAACGUGCUUCUCUCUCGUGCCCGGAAUGUACUGAUCAUGGUGGGCAAUUUGGAGACAUUUGUCUCUAGCCGCAAAGGGAAAACUGUGUGGAAGCCUCUCAUUGAUCGGCUUAAAGACAAUGGCCAUCUUUAUGAUGGAUUGCCUGUUAAAUGUGAACAGCACCCUGACAAGACCUCGGUACUUCGGACAAAGGAAGACUUCGACAAAGAGGCGCCGGAUGGCGGAUGCUCAGCACCUUGUGGCGUCAAACUAAGCUGUGGAGCACACGAGUGCCCUGCCAAAUGCCAUCAACUCAAUGAUCACUCGAAAAUGAAGUGCGUGAAAAUCGUCAAAUGGAAUUGUCCUCGAGGACAUACAUUAUCUUCGUCAUGCUGGAUGGCCAGGGGUUCGUGUCGCUACUGUAACCAGGAAGACAAGAUAAAGAAAGAAAAGCAUGAUCGAGACUUGGAGCUCGAGGCAGCACGACAGAGAAAACAAUCUCUAUACGCCAAGGAAAUUGCCGAACUUCAAAGUGAAGCUUCAUAUUUGAGAGGUCUCAGAAGUGACGAAUCGAUAGAUGUAGAGCGGGCAAGAAUCCUUGAGCAGCAUCACAAAGAAAUUGAGGAGCUGAAAAGCCCCCGAAACCAAGCUGAAAACACGGUCAGCACCCAGAGCAUCCGAGAAAAUGCCUUGGAACAAGUAGAUUCACGUCCAAAGCAUGCUAGACCCCAAGAAGAUGGGAAGCGAACAAAUCAGCCUGCCAUUUCUAUUGAUGAGUCCGGGGUAAAACCCAAGGCCCGAGAGGUGAUGCCUAAGAUACCUUUCUCGCAGGCAAAGGACGAUUGGGACUACCAAAAAUCAUUCUUCAACGCCCGAAGCCCAGAAAUUGACACUUUGAUGGAAAUGGUCGGCCUGGAGUCAGUAAAAUCAAAGUUCCUGACUAUUCAAGCCAAAGUUGAUAUAGCCGUCCGACAGAACGUCGAUUUGAGCCGCGAGAGAUUUGGAACCGUGCUUCUUGGUAACCCCGGCACUGGCAAGACAACAGUUGCCCGACUCUACGCAAAGUUCCUGGCAGCAGUGGGAGUAAUCCCGGGCCACGAAUUCAUCGAGACAACAGGAUCUAGACUCUCAAAUGAAGGCGUAUCACAGUGCCAAAAGAUGAUUGAGAAGCUACUCAAACUUGGCGGGGGCGUUUUCUUCAUUGACGAAGCCUAUCAAAUGGUUCAGGGGAGCAAUAUUGGCGGUGGUCAGGUACUUGACUUUCUCCUAGCUGAAAUUGAGAAUCUUACGGGCAAAGUUGUGUUCGUCCUUGCUGGGUAUCAACGCCCGAUGGAGGAGUUCUUUGCUCACAACCCUGGACUCCCGAGCCGCUUCCCCCAUGAGCUAAAGUUCGAUGAUUUCAACGACACAGAGCUGAUGAUGAUCGUUAAUACUUGGAUUGAAAAGACAUGGAAAAAGCAGAUGAAAGUUGAUGAUGGGCUGGGCGGACUUUACUGUCGCAUUGUAGCCCGACGAAUUGGGCGCGGACGAGGCCGGGAGGGGUUCGCAAACGCAAGAGCUGUUGAAAAUGCCAUGACAAAGGUCUCUGAGCGACAAACUGAGCGGCUAAUGCGACAAAAGCGGCAGAAAAAUUCAGUGGUCGAUGACUUCUUCCUUGAUGGGGAGGACAUGAUCGGCCCAGAUCCUUCUCAAAGUCUGAAAUCAUCGGAAGCGUGGCAAAGGCUUCAAAGCAUGAUCGGGCUAGAUGAGGUUAAAAAGACUGUUGAGAGCCUGAUAGAUACGAUUCAAUACAACUAUCGUCGCGAGCUAGACGAGCAACCUGUGGUUGCAUACAGCCUCAACAAGGUCUUUCUAGGAAAUCCCGGAACUGGAAAAACGUCAGUCGCAAAGAUAUAUGGUCAAAUUCUGGUGGACAUCGGGCUCCUAUCAAACGGUGAAGUCGUUGUCAAGAACCCAUCCGAUUUUGUUGGGAGCGUGAUUGGGGAGUCUGAAAAAAACACCAAGGGCAUCCUGGCAGCCACAUUGGGAAAGGUUCUUGUCAUAGACGAAGCCUACAGUCUUUUUGCCGGAGGAAAUUCCGAUGGUACAGGGGCCAGAACUGACCAAUACAGAAGUGCUGUUAUCGAUACUAUAGUAGCUGAUGUCCAAAGCACACCCGGGGAUGAUCGAUGUGUCCUGCUUCUGGGAUACAAGGAUCAGAUGGAACAAAUGUUUCAGAAUGUUAAUCCUGGUCUGAGUCGGCGUUUUCCGAUUGACCAGGCCUUCAUUUUCGAAGAUUUUACGAAAAAUGAGUUGAAUCUCAUUCUUGACCUGAAACUAUCAGAGCAGGGAUACGAAGUCACUGAUAGUGCUCGCCGGGUCGCUUUGGAGAUGCUUGAGCGAGCUCGGAAUCGACCACACUUUGGUAAUGCUGGGGAAAUCGAUAUUCUGCUAAACAAAGCGAAGAUUCAUCAUCAGAGGCGUACUCGCUCGACAAAUCCUGAGAGCAGGGUGGUUCCUGAUUCUGUACUGGAUGCCGUUGAUUUUGAUGAGAACUUUGAUCGCGCGGAGAACAGUAAGAUCAGUGUUGCAAAGCUGUUCGAAGGGACGAUAGGUUGUGAAGACAUCGUUUCCACAUUCGAAGAAUAUCAGAAGCUGGUCAAGAGCCUCAAAGGGCUGAAUAUGGACCCUCGUGAAAAAUUGCCAUUCAACUUUGUGUUUCGAGGUCCCCCAGGGACUGGCAAGACCAGCACAGCCAGAAAUAUGGGCCAGAUAUACUAUGAUAUGGGGUUCUUGACUUCAAAUGAGGUCAUCGAAGUAUCUGCGACAGAGCUUGUUGGUCAAUAUGUCGGGCAAACAGGUCCUAAGACCCAGAAAUUACUGGAACGUGGUCUGGGAAAGGUGCUGUUCAUAGACGAGGCAUAUCGUCUUGCUGAGGGUCACUUCGCCAAAGAAGCUAUGGAUGAACUUGUGGACUGUAUUACAAAGCCCAGGUUCGCUCGGAAGGUAAUUAUCAUUCUGGCUGGCUACGAUGCAGACAUAAACCGCCUCAUGUCCAUUAACCCUGGCCUUACAAGCCGCUUUCCGAAAUCCCUUCAGUUCAGACCUUUAUCACCAGGAGAUUGCAUUUGUUUACUGAGUAAGCUUCUGGAAAAGAACAAGGCAGAUCUGCUCAGCAAGUCAGGAGUGCACUUCGAUAUCACCUGUCUUCAUUGCACAGACUCUGCUUUUAACCAGAAAUUGACCGAUGGAUUUGACACCUUGUCCAAAACUUCAAGCUGGGCUAACGCUAGAGAUGUGGAAACGCUGGUGGAAACGAUAUUCAACAAGACCAUAAUGCAGCCAGGCUUGUCCAAUGGAUCGAAGCUGCUAUUGAGCAAGGAAACGGUUAUCGAGGAAAUACUGGCCAUGAUCACUGAGCGCCGCGGUCGUGAGAACUUUCAGGCCAAUCUUUCUCCGAUAGGCCUCAACCCUGGAGGGAACCUACCAUUUCGUACUCAAUCCUCGAAUCCGCCAGUGAUGGAUACGGGGAAUCAAAGCCUGAAAUCGAAUACUAAACCUGAUAACGAGGCCGCUGCGCCGGUCCAAGAUCGAGGCAACCAACAGAGUCCUGUCCAGGGGCGCGAUGCAGGUGUUACAGACGAGGACUGGAAUGUUCUACAGAAACACAAAGCAGCUGCUGGAGAAAAGGAUAAGGCAGCCCGGGCGUUAGAAGAGGCAAGACAGCAGCGGAAUGAGGAAUUGAAGAAGCGCCUGGAACAAGAACAGUUGCAGCUUGAAAUGGAACGCAGGAGGCAGGAGGCGCUCGCAAGAGACCUCGAGAUCAAGCGACAAGCUUUAGUUCAAGCUCGCCUCGAGGAGCGAGCUAUUCAGGUGAAACUUCAGAGCAUGGGAGUUUGUGUUCAGGGUUUCCAGUGGAUCAAACAUCCUGGCGGGUAUCGGUGUGCAGGAGGCUCUCACUGGGUAUCAGACGCCCAACUCCGAUGA